UCUCUGUGUUUGUCUUAGUUUCCUGUCAGCGCUUUUAUUUUGUCUUCAUUUCCUGAGUGUCUCCCUGAGUGCUGCUUCCCCUCAGCUGUGGCUGAUUGGCACCUGGCCACACCUGGUGUCAAUCAGCCAGCUACUAUUUAAACCUGCCUUCUCCUCCAGUCAUUGCUGGAUCAUUGUCGUUCCUACCUGUCGUGUCGUUGUUUGCUGGAUCAUUGUCGUUGCUACCUGUGUGCGUUAAGCUUUCCCUGGAUCCUGACUCCUGUUCCUGCUUCCUGGUUUCUGGGAGUUGAGGGGAGCAGUGAGCAGCAGCAGUGGCCGCGCCCGGGUAUAAUUUUUGGUGAUUCAACCCCCAAUUCCAACCCUUGAUGCGGAGUGUCAAGCAGGGAGCUGUGACAGCAAUAUCCCCCAUUCCCAUUCCGACGUGACCACCAUCCAACAUGCGUCUGCUCGCCGCCCUGUGCCUCCUUCUUCUCCUCCGGUUCGGCGAGCCUCGCCGGGGAAAGGCCGAGUGGGGCCGUACGCGGGGUAAGGGCAGGGCCGGCGUGGUGAGGCGUCAAACGCAAGAGUGUAAGGAGUACAUCGAGGCAGGGGACAAGUACCUGGACUGCCAGGACAGACAGUUGACCACCGUGAUGCAAGACUGGCCCAAAGACAUCAACCACCUGCUGCUGGCCAGGAAUAAAAUCCAGGUUCUGAGGAACAACAUGUUCUCCCAGUUCAGCCAGCUAAAGAGCCUGGACCUCCAGCAAAAUGACAUCUCCAUGGUGGAGGAGCGGGCCUUCAGCGGUCUGACCAAACUCAGGACGCUCCUGCUGCAGCACAACAGCUUGAAAACGGCCUCGGAAGAGGUCCUCCUCCCCAUGCCCCGCCUCACCUACCUCCGUCUCUACGACAACCCCUGGAGCUGCCGCUGCCCGUUUGACAGCCUGAUUAGGACCCUGCAGGUGCCAACCAACCGCAACCUGGGCAAUUACGCCAAGUGCGCCGAGCCUUUUUCGCUGAGGGGCCAGAAGCUGAAGAAGCUGAACGUGGACUCGUUAUGUGCAGGUGACAAAGAGGCGGACGGGACUCGACCAAAGCCUCCAAUCAUCAACAAGCCGGUGGUGACAUCCAUGUGCCACACCUACAUAUUCCCCAAACCUCUGCUGGACUGCAGCAACAAAGAUCUGACAAACAUCCCGCCCGACCUUCCUUCCGACAUCGUGAAGAUGGAUCUUUCCGGAAACAACAUCAAACAUCUCAGGCCCAAGCAGUUCUUGCUGUCCAAGGACCUCAAGCAGCUCAACCUCAGCAGCACCAGCCUGAACCACAUAGACCCAGGCGCGUUCGCAGGCCUGCUCCACCUCCGCGAGCUCGACCUGUCCAACAACAGCCUCCAUUACUUCCACUACGGCGUCCUGGAGGACCUGUACUUCCUGCGGAAGCUGUACCUGGGCCACAACCCGUGGAUCUGCGACUACAACAUCCACUACCUGAUCUACUGGCUCAAGCUGCACCCGGGCGUGGCCUACACGGGCCUCAAGUGCUCCGAGCCGCAGGACUUCCGCGGUUGGCGGGUGGAGGACUACGUGAAGACCUACAACGGGGAGUGUCCCAAGGAUAGACAGACGGGAGCGGGGGACACGGGCCAGGGGGGGCAGGGGGAGAACGAGGCGCAAGAGGCGGCGGGGGAGACGGACGAGGGGGUCCCGUCGAACCCCUUGAAGGAGAAGAAACCAAACCGGUUUGAGAUUAUCAGGUUGAGUUAGGAUGCAUGAGGAUUCCUUUUUCUUCUUCGACAAACAUUCAGGUUUGAUGACACCUUUUUGUCCUAUUUUGUGUGUAAAUAUUACAAAGGAAGUCCCACUUUCGUCAAUAAAAGUAGCCAACAGCUGCUCCAAAAACACAACACAUCCUUUAUCUUUCAAUUGUCUUUUGUGUACUAAUGAAUGGUCAUUUAGAUCAGAUGUUUUGGAAAUAAAACUGUCUAUUUUUUUCUUGAGAUUAUUCUUCAUCAACAGGCUUCACAAAGAGACUUACU